AUGGCCAAGCCGAUUGUCCCUUCCGGACGUCGUAACAGCCUUAGAGAAGGCCGAGAGCAGCGAAGCGAAGAGAGGGCGAAGAAAAAGAAACUUCCAAAUGGCUUUGCCUUGGCCGUGGACGGCGAAUCUCCCAGCUACCCGCAGAGCCACCGGCAGAGGUACUUCAACUUUCUCUCUGCGGCGCUGAUCCUUUCCAAUGCCUUCUUCAUGGGCUCAGAGACCGCAUGGAUCACCUGCUCUGGUGAUGCGGAAGGGAUUGGAUGGUACAUUACCAAUGUAUGUUUCACCCAGAUAUUUCUCGUCGAGUUAUUGGUGCGUUGGUUUGUUGAAGGUCGCUAUUUCUGGGUAGAUUUAUGGAAUGUCUUUGACGCUAGCCUUGUGCUUUUCUCUUUAAUCGAUGACUUUGUGCUCACGUUCCUGGUUGCCUCUGACCAAUCAGCCACCGUUCUCUUAGCGCUGAGGUUUGCUCGCAUGCUAAGAUUUGUGAGAGUUCUACGACUUCUUCGUCUCUUCAAAGGCCUUUGGUACCUGGUUGAAGGAAUUGUGGCCUCUCUGAGUUCCUUGGCUUGGGCGUGGCUGUUGUUAAUUGUCAUGAUGUACCUGCCUGCGAUCUUUGUGACCCAAACCUUCGGACGGAAUGACCCGCCGGACGCCACGCUCACGGCUGCCUUCGGAACCUUGCCGCAGCUCGGGCGAAGCAUGUACACCUUGUUCAAGGUGAUGACCAUGGAGACAUGGGCCGAUCUGGCCAGAUACACCGGGACGAUCAUCAACGGAGCAGAGAUCUUCUUUGUCCUUUAUAUCUUCUGCACCAGUGGCUUGUCUGGGAACUGCGUGGUGGCGGUCAUUGUGCAGAACACUUGUGUCCACGCCAAAGAACGCCAGGAAGAUAUGCGAUCGGUUCAGGAGAAGAACGAUGCCAAUGCAAUGGUGAAAAUCCUUGAAGUCUUUCAGACGGCGGAUGUGCAACAGACAGGGCAAAUUUCCAAGAAGGAGUUCCUGAAAGCUAUGGACAUCCCCUCUGUCAUGCAACUCAUGCACGAGGUGCAGAUUGACGUCCGGCAAGCGGCGCUGUUGUUCGAUGUGCUCGAUUACAACAACUCCGGAACAUUGGAUUCGGAGGAGUUCCUAGAGGGCAUCAUGCUAGCAAGGGGCGAAGCGCGAUCCAGAGAGGUCAUUGCGGCGCAAUGUGACCUGUGGAAGGCUGGCGGCAGCAGACACAACUGCCUCUACUCAUUGCCUUUGUGA